CAUAGGUUGCAUGGACUCUCCCAGUGCUUAUUUGGACGCUUCUAAAGAGUACAGUGAGUUUCUUUUAGACCUCACUUUCAACUCCAAGCCUAUCAUCGACAACCUUACUGCUAUAGCUGCAGAAAAUAAACACGCUGCAUCAGCGAUUGUGAAAGCUAUAGAGUCACGAAUUGCGGCCGUGUCUCCAGAUAAAAAGUUGCCAGCACUAUAUCUUCUAGAUUCAAUAGUUAAAAAUGUUGGGGAACCUUACAGAAGCCUCUUCGAGAAGAAUCUUCAGACGACGUUUCUUUCGGCUUUCAGAACCGUGCCAAAAGCAGUGAGACAAAGCAUGAUGAGACUUUUGGAAACCUGGCCACCCUAUUUUGGAAACAACUUGAUCUCAUUAUUGAAGGUCCGAGCAAAUGAAGUUCAAAAACAAAUACAGGAGAAUACGAAAGGAUACGAAGCUGUACACGUCAAUCCCCAGGUUUUGCUUAGGACCACAGCAGGAAAUAGUCAUGUCGAUACCAAACCACAAAACUAUAAUGUUUCUUAUUUAGAACGAGCCCAGGAAAAGGUUCCAGUGCCCAAGCCCAAAGAAAAUAGAAUUCCUGCCUUUUUGCGUCUACAGCAACAUGGAAUAUUGAAUAACAAUAGCGAACCAACUAGAAAGUCGAGCAGCAAGCAAGCUAGUGGUGUCCAUUCACGCUUGGACACAUCAUCGGAGUUGAUGAAGCAGCUUCAAGUGGAAACUCAACUGUUAGUAGAUACCAUCAAUGCCCAACUAGUCCGUGGAAUGAUGCCAACACAAGAGCAAUUAAAUGCAUUGCAAGCUCUUGUAACCGUGAUUCUCCAAUAUGCAAAUUUUAACAUUAUUGCACAAAACUUUGUACCAUAUCUGCAACAGCACACCGACAAUAUAGUCAAUCAGAUAAAAACUCUGCAAGAAAAUCAACAAGCCCAAGAACAAGAAGCUGUAAUUGCGAACGCAAUCCAGUCCCUUAUGUCAGGCUACAACAGCCAGCUCGUUCCGCAGAAUUCGGAAUCUUCUCUACUAGUUUCAGAGAGAAAAAUUUUUCCAAAUAAUUCGAAAUUCGAGAGCGAUGUCAGUAGUAGUUGUCAAGUGCAAGACGAAAUCAUAACAGAUUUCAAUAUUUUAAGAAGACUUGAUCAUGGUUUUAUCGUUUGUAAGCUUUACGAUGACUUACAAAUAGUGAGUGAGUCUGAUGGUUCCAGAUUCGCAACCAGAGAGGACUUGCGUCAACACCUAGAUUGGUUAUUUGAGUGGAACAAAAGAUUAAGAGCUCGGAGACAAGGAGGGAUAUGUCGAAUGUGGUAUUCGAGUGUUCAUGAAUGGAUACAAGGAACCACUUCUGUAAGGAAUUCAGGAAUGAUCUCAUCUUCAAUGAUUUUUGAGGAUGGCACUUCUCAAAUAAACAUAGAUAAACGAGAGCAACAAUUGAAGAAGGUAGAUGAGGAAGCAAAUCAAACACACCGACAUGAGAACAAAGUAUUUGCAGGAGAUUGUGAAGACAGAUGUUUUGUUUGUGGAGACUGUUUCGAAAUGGAAUGGGAUGACGAGCUGGAAGCUCUUGUAUAUAAGGAUGCUAUCAAAGAAGGAGGUGAUGAAGGGACAAAAAUAUUUCAUGUUGAUUGUUAUUCAGUUUGGAAGUCUCAAGGAGGCAGCCAUGAUUGGAAAAGUGAAGAUCGUGACAAGAAUGCCAACGAGGUUGAAGAUUCUACUCUGGAGAAUUUUGAACAUAAGGAAAGUUUUUCAGGUAGUGAUUUGGGUUUUGAAAUCAAAGCAGAACCAACGAAGCUUGAUGCAUCCGAAGAUUUCCCUGAUGGAACCAGUGAUUUCCCUCAGAAAAGGCUUCGCACAAAGGAAGUCUUGUGACGAGACACUUCUCCUGUUGGCAUAAUUUAGCUGACAUGGUGUUACUCCGAACUAAGACUAAAAAAGUAAAUAUAUAUGACUAACAAAUG